CACUCAGGCCCGGCCGGGUUACGGUAUGGGUAGUAAUGUCAGGCACGGGGGGAGGCGCAGCAGACAACCAGUGUGUGAGUGACUGGGUAUGGGCGGGAUAACAGCGGCGGCGCCGGGUGAUGACGUCGGGCGAGGCGGCCUGAGGGAUCCCGUCACUCGGUGUGUGAGCGAGCAGCCCGGACCGUCCUCUCAGGUACUUUUGACAGAUGGCUGCAGCAGAGAGUCCUGAACGGGACCCGCUUUCUCCUGAAAAUUUCCUGCCUGACCUCACCGAUGAAGAAGAGGAUGAUGACCGAAAUCACACUCCGCACCAUGAGUUGGAUAAAGAGGAAGAGAGCAAUAUUGACAUUCUAGACAAUAAAGCAUCACCUGAUACUGUUGUCCCAGACUCAGGCUUGGGAGAUCGCGCCUCCCCAUUCUCAAACAACAACCUGUCCCCAAAAUCUGUCCCGGAGGAAAAAGCCAUGCCAGAGCCCAUCUCUGAGGCCACCACAGAUGAAAGAACUGUCUCUAAUUCCUCUCCAGAGGGGAAAACUGAAUUAGAACCUGUUACAAAGGAGAAAAAAGAAAGACCUUUUGGUUCAGGUGACCAAGAGAGACAGUCUAUUAAGUCACCUCUUCGUUCUGAUGAAGAGGACAAUGUGAGUGAGGUGAAGUCUCCCGGCUCAGAUAGCGAGCAGACUGGAGACUUGCACCAGUCUCCUAUUAUCAGUAAAGGAGGUGAUGAGGGACCUAAUGAACUACCUGAUGAAGCCUCCUCAGUCAUACGAGAACUGGAUGAGCAUGAACUGGAUUAUGACGAGGAGGUCCCAGAAGAACCAACAGUUCCUAACCAGGAAGACGACACAGAGAAGCUCGGAGCUGACGAUGAAGAGGACAAAGAGAAGGAAGAGUCCCCCUUGGAUGUGAAGAAUGAGAAAAAGAAAGAGGAAGAUGAUGGAGAAAUUGACGAGGGGGAGAUUGAUGACGAUGACCUGGAGGAAGGAGAAGUAAAGGACCCUAAUGACCGGAAAACCAGGCCCCGAUUACCCUGCCGAUUCUUCAUGAAAGGUAACUGCACUUGGGGUAUGAGCUGCCGGUUUAUACAUCCUGGUAUGAAUGAUAAAGGGAAUUACUCACUUAUAACAAAACCGGACCCAUUUACACCCAGCGGCACUUCUACCAGUGGGACGCAGCUGCCUCAGAACUCUUGGGGCGCUCCAGUCACUGAGGAGCUUCUUGCUCCCCCUAUUCCAGACCCUCCUAUAGAGAGUGCUUGGGAGAGAGGACUCCGUCAUGCCAAGGAGGUGCUAAAGAAAGCUACCAUGCGGAAAGAGCAGGAGCCCGACUUUGAGGAGAAACGCCUGACUGUGACCAUUGGAGAGGACGAGCGAGACUUCGAUAAAGAGAACGACUAUUUCAGAGACUGGAAUUAUCGGAUCACUAGAGAAGUUCGGGAAACCGGGGAAGUGGAAUUUCGGGAAACUGUAACACAUGGGGCCGACCCUUAUGCAGACCCAUACUGUGAUCUUGAAAUGGAGCGAUACUGGCGCGGAGGUCAGUACGAGAACUUCCGAGUGCAGUACACAGAAGCUGAGCCAUAUCGCUAUCGAGAAAGGGAGCGAGAAAGGGACAGAGACAGACAGCGAGACAGAGAACGGGACCGUGACAGGGGUCGAGACAGAGAUCGGCGUCAGCGGGAAAGGGAGCGCGACAGAGAACGCGAGCGAGACAAGGACCGGCAGAAAAGGAAAGAUGAAUGGGAGAGAGAACGAAGUAAGAGGGACGAGAAGGAGCGACAGAAAGAUAAAGAGAAGGAAAAAGAGAAGGAUAAAACGAAGAUCAAAUCUCCCCCUCUACCAAGCCGCCCCAACGAUUCCUCAAAGAAAGAUUCUCCUGCCGUACCCCUGACAUCUGCUAAUGCUAAUGCCACAGCUGUUGUCGCAGCUACUCCUACAGCGGGUGGCCCUACGCAGGUUAAAAGGGCUGAUGAGUGGAAGGACCCCUGGCGUCGAUCAAAGUCCCCCAAAAAGAAACUUGGCAAUUCUACCUCCCCCAGCCGAGGACGCAGAAGACGCCAUACCACAGAGUCGUCUGAUUCGGGGUCUAACUCAUCCAGAUCCUCUUCCCGGUCAUCUUCCUAUUCCGGUUCCGGAUCCUCGCGCUCUAGAUCCUCCUCAUACAGCUCUUUCUCCAGCCGGUCCUCACGGCAUAGUUCCUUCUCUGGGAGCCGGUCCAGGUCCAGAUCGUUUUCCUCCUCCCCAUCUCCGUCACCAGCACCAUCUCCGCACAAACCCUCCGCAAAGAGCAAAGGGGAACCUGUCACUGUACCUGCCAAAGGAGACAAACCAAAUGUGAAGAAGGCGGCACCUCCCGCAGUGCCAGCCCCAGCAGCGAAACCUCCAAAGGCUGCACCAGAACCUGCAAAAACUGGAGAGAAUAGAAUCGGCAGAGCGAAAGAGACAAAGAGGAAAGCACCGCCAAGGAGGAGGACUGUAAGUGGCAGCGUUAGCGCGAGCAGUUACAGUGGUUCCAGUUCCCGAUCUGGCUCCCGAUCGGGUUCCUCGCGUUCUUCAUCUGCCUCCGCUUCACCUUCCCAGUCUGCAUCCCGCAAAUCCAGGAAAUCCAGGUCGCUAAGUGUGAGCAGCGUUUCGUCCGUCUCCAGUGUCUCAUCCAGCAGCAGUUCCGUGCGCAGCGCCGACUCUGAUGACCUGUAUGCUGACCUUGCCAGCCCCAUCUCCUCCGCAAGCUCCCACUCGCCCACACCGGCACAGCCGAAGAAAGAAAAAGAAAAAGUUCCUACUGACAAAAACAAAAAGGAGACGCAACGGCCUAAGGAGCAGCAGCAGCGGCCUAAGGAUCAGCGUCCUAAGGAGCAGCAGCAGCGGCCUAAGGAGCAGCGGCCUAAGGAGCAGCGUCCUAAGGAGCAGCAGCAGCGUCCUAAGGAGCAGCAGCAGCGGCCUAAGGAGCAGCAGCAACGUCCUAAGGAGCAGCAGCAACGUCCUAAAGAGCAGCAGCAGCGGCCUAAGGAGGAGCAGCAACGUCCUAAGGAGGAGCAACAGCAGCGGCCUAAGGAGGAGCAACAGCAGCGGCCUAAGGAGGAGCAGCAGCAGCGGCCUAAGGAGGAGCAGCAGCAGCGGCCUAAGGAAGAUCAGCAGCAGCGGCCUAAGGAAGAUCAGCAGCAGCGGCCUAAGGAGGAGCAGCGGCCUAAGGAGGAGCAGCAGCAGCGGCCUAAGGAGGAGCAGCAGCGUCCUAAGGAGGAGCAAAGGUCAAAGGAAGACAAACGGUUGCGCGAGCCCCCCACCCAGCCUCCAAAAGCUGCCCCUGCAAAAUUGUCCAAGCCGGUCAGCAGUAACAAAACAGCAGCUGCGCAGCCCGCUGUGCCUCCGCCGGCCCAGAGCAGCUUCAGCGCCCACAAGGACAUCAAGCUGACGCUACUGAGCAAGGGCACCGAUAAGGGGAGUAGGAAACGAUACGAGCCGUCUGAUAAAGACCGGCUGGCCCCUCCACCCGCCAAGAAAGCCAAUAUAUCCCCUGAGAGAGCAGCUCGAGACCGUAAGCAACCUGGCAAGCCUCCUUCACCGAAACCAGAGCGUCAAAGGGUUCCAAACCCCAAGCCUUCACCCGCUCAGCCAGACAGGAAGCGUCCACUUUCUCCGCCACAGCCGAAGAGCUCAAGCAAAGUUACCAGCAUCCCAGGGAAGGCAACAGACACCACUGCCGCCACCUCCGCCAAGUCUGGCAAAGCAAGCACAUUGUCACGCAGGGAGGAACUUCUCAAACAGCUCAAAGCUGUGGAAGAUGCCAUCGCUCGCAAGAGGGCGAAAAUUCCCGGCAAGGUAUAGCGGCGCCCAAGCAUCCACGGAGAACCUGGAGAGACUGAUGUGUUUUUACAUGGAUUUUGGCUCCUGCCACCUGUAUUUUUUUUGGGCCACAAUUUCCUCCAAUGAAACAAGAAAUCCUGCUGUAAAAUAAAAUAAAACAAAACCUCUGAACGCUGUUUCCAAACCUCUCUGCCUUGAUGGAACUGAGGACGUUUCAGCAGACGUGGCGCUUACUGUAACUUGAUGACUUGCUUUGAGCUUUCCUGACCUCUCCUUUUUUUUUUUUUUUUUUAUACUUUUGGGUUUUUGUUUUUCAUCAAUUCGUUAUUCGUUAUCGGACAAGGAAAGCACCCUCCACUGUACAAGGAAACAUAUCCCCAAUGUUGCUGCAAGUCACCCUAGACUUCAAACUCACUCUCGCCCUCUUAAUCUCCUAGGAGAACAGGUAUAAAUAUAUAUUGUGCUCCUUAUUUUCUCCCCCCCCCCCCCCCCCUUUUUUUUUCUAUUCCGUCUUUGCCGAGAACGGAGACGUUUUUAUUUGUAUGAAAUAGGCUGUUUUAGAUGGUGAAGACAGGGGGCAGGAGUGAGUGACGCAUUUUUAAGAGCCAAUGCAGUGCUAUUUGUUGGGGUGUCUACCUGUUGAUAUGGGACAUAUUUGAGGGGGGGAGCAGGUGAUUUAUCCCUGAAAUAAAGUAUUUUGAUAAAACA